AUGGUUCAGAUCAGUGAGGUCAAAGGAAAUUCGCGAGAGAAUAGAACUGCGGCACACACCCAUAUCAAGGGUUUGGGAUUACGGCCUGAUGGCACUGCUGAACCCACAAGCGCUGGUUUUGUUGGGCAGGCAGCGGCGAGAGAGGCCUGCGGUGUGGUGGUCGAUAUGAUAAAAGCGAAGAAAAUGGCGGGCCGAGCAGUCCUACUUGCGGGUGGACCGGGAACGGGGAAGACGGCUUUGGCGCUGGCUGUGUCGCAAGAAUUGGGCACCAAAGUACCUUUUUGUCCCAUCGUGGGUAGUGAGGUUUUCUCGGCGGAGGUCAAGAAAACGGAGGCGCUCAUGGAAAACUUUCGAAGGGCAAUUGGACUACGAGUGCGCGAGACGAAGGAAGUUUACGAAGGUGAAGUGACGGAGCUCACUCCGGAGGAAGCAGAGAACCCAUUGGGAGGCUACGGAAGGACCAUAAGCCAUCUGAUCAUCGGGCUCAAAUCCUACAGAGGGACGAAAAAGCUGCGACUGGACCCUAGCAUCUACGAAGCGAUUCAGAAGGAAAGAGUCACUGUCGGCGAUGUAAUAUAUAUCGAAGCCAACACUGGUGCGUGCAAGCGCGUCGGACGAUCUGACGCGUAUGCCACUGAGUUUGAUUUGGAAGCGGAAGAAUACGUACCUGUCCCCAAGGGCGACGUUCACAAGAAGAAGGAAAUCGUACAAGACGUCACGCUACAUGACUUGGAUAUUGCGAACGCCAGACCACAAGGAGGACAGGAUGUCAUGAGCAUGAUGGGCCAACUUAUGAAACCCAAGAAGACCGAAAUUACAGACAAACUGCGUCAGGAGAUCAACAAAGUUGUAAACCGAUACAUUGACCAAGGCGUAGCCGAGUUGGUUCCCGGCGUUUUGUUCAUUGAUGAAGUACGUUUUUCACCUGCGAAAUACCCAAUAAGGAAACAAGAAUACCGUAGACUAAUUCCCCCAACCCAGGUCCACAUGCUCGAUAUAGAAUGCUUCACCUACCUAAACCGCGCCCUUGAGUCUUCAAUAUCCCCCAUCGUAAUACUCGCCUCAAACCGUGGCAACACCGUCGUACGCGGCACAGGAGACAUAGUAGCCGCUCAUGGCAUCCCCCCGGACCUCCUAGCGCGCCUUCUAAUAAUUCCUACUCACGCUUAUAACCCCGAAGAGAUAAAAACUAUCGUGCGGCUGCGUGCGAAGAUAGAGGGCUUAACCAUCAGCGAGCCGGCGCUGGAGAAAGUCGCGGAGCAUGGAAGUAAAGUGAGUUUGCGCUAUGCGUUGCAGCUACUGUCGCCGGCGAGCAUCCUGGCACGGGUAAAUGGGCGAGCUGGCGGGAUUGAAGAGGCGGAUAUUGCGGAGUGUGAGGAUCUGUUUAUCGAUGCGAAGAGGAGCGCUGGGGUUGUGGCGAGCGGGGAUGGUAAUGGGUUUAUUUCUUGA